CCUCGUACGAAUAUGUAGAUGUGACCAGCUGAACCAAAAACCUGUCGGCUGAUUCAAAUUCGAAACGAUUUAAUCUCCCUCCAUUCACUACGUGACCCUCCCUGCUCUUCAUCUUGCAGUCUUCCUUUCCUCUCUCUUUCUCUUUUGCUUCAACAUCAACAAUAACAAGAAACAAAAGAGACAUCUUACUCCGUCAACAUAAAUCCCCAAACCAAUGUUCCCAUGAUCAUGUCGCACAACAACAACAACGACGACUACGCUCCCCGUUCUCGUCGAGAUCGACCUCGCUACGAUCAAGACGCCGCUCCCCUACGAUACCCGGAGGCCAACGAUUACCAUCCGGACACACGCAAAUCCGGUGGUGGUGGUGGUGGCGGCGGUGGCUCCCGUCGUCCUCGUUAUGAACAGUCUCCCCCUCCUUACACCUCGGAAGAUUCACGUAGGCGAAAGGAUCUCGACCCUCGAGACACGGACAAGAGGAAGAACAAGUACAGAGAUUACCCCGGUGAAAGAGACGAUGACUUGAAACCUACAAAGUCCAACACCGCAGCACCGAGACGACACAGCCCACUUGUCGAUAACAACAACGACGACGACGAUGGAGACAGAGAUUCCGGGACGCGUCGUCACCGCGGCGGCGCCGACCCUGACGCUGGCUAUGGUCGCUCUCGUGGCUACCGAGCUCCUCUCCCGCGACACGAUUCGUACGCGAGUGACGGGGACGACCCGAAGAUGAUGAGAUCCUCGAAACCCAGCAGAAGGAGAGACGAUCCCUACGCCGACAACUUUGAGCCAGCUCCACCCCGUCGCGCCCAUACACACCGAGAGCCGGAUCGGAAGCACCGGGAUGACCCUUACCAUGACGACCCCCAUCCUCCCCGCCGUCGCUACCGCAGCCCGGCAGCCGCAGAGGAUAGACAUUCCGACCCCGAUCGGAGCUAUGCGAGACGCCGAAGAGAUGAUGACCAAUAUGACGAUCGCCGGUACCGUGGUGGCGGUGGUGGCGGUGGAGGCCAUUCUCGUCGCGACGAUGGGUACGCUUCGGACAGAGGCUACAAACGUUCCGACCGCGACAAGGGCAAGGACCGCUACUACCGUGAUCGUGACCGUGAUCGCGAACGUGACAGAGACAGAGAUCGAGACCGACGACGUUAUGAUUCCCGCGACAGAAGUCGAGACCGUGACGGUCGAAGCGGCAAGAAGAAAGGAUUCUCCUUUGACGACAUUGGUGGUCUCGUCGAGCAAGGUCAGAAACACUACAAGACUGUUGCACCGCUUGUCACCAGCAUUGCCAAGAUGUAUCUCGACAACAAGAAAUGAAGGCAACAGUGGACAAAUGCUUGUGGUCUUUUUCUUUUCGUCUCAAUGGCAAAAGACCCGAGGUUUCCAGACGUGCGAGAGAGAGAGAGAGAGAGAGACGGUUCUGGGAGGAUCGAAAGGGCGUGGGGAUAUUUUUGGCGACGAUUUCACUCUCAUGUGUAUUACCACUACCACUACAUCUCAUCUUUUCUUUCACAGGAUUGAGGAGACGACGACGACGACUUUGCGAACCCUUUUGACGAUUUGACGCAUGAAAGGAUGUUUAUUAUGGAUGGGAGCGUGGGAUCCUUUUUUUUGGGGGAUGUACUCGUAUUGCGUGCUAACGAAUACGGAAUACAAUGGAUAUUUAUACCUAGGUAUAGAACCAUUGUAUGGGAACUAAGCUCAAUCUUUGAAGAUGACGAAUUCCACUUUAUUACUCUUGUUCAAAAACAAUGCUUGGUCUCGUUGAAGUUUGGCGUUUCUUUCAGAGCUCGAUCCUAUACAGAGUACGGAGUGCCAUACGGUGCCAGUCUUUGACCA